CCCCAAGGAGUGGUAGGGUUUUGACUUGAGAGGGGCUGGUGCCCAUUGUGGAGAGCUCUGAGGGCCUGCUCAGGGAGUCCACAUGCUGUCCUUGGGCCUGAGGAGAGACUGCUGGGCAGGACUGAUUCAUUUGGCAUUGCGGCUUUGGUGAAGUGGCCCUGGAGAGAAGAGCAUAACGCUCAGAGACGUGAAGUGACUUUCCCAGCUAUGAGGGAGCGAGCACCAGGAUUUGAGACCAGAUAUUUCCAGAGCCAUUGGUAGAUGCCAGGCCUGUCCUGGCCCCUGGGGAGGUGGAGAUGAAGACGUUGAGGCCCAAAGAGGGGAAGUGAGUUGCUUAGGGUCACAUAGCGGGGAGAAGUGGAGCAGGGCCUCUAGUCCAAGACCCCUGACUCCACACCUGGUGUUCGUGCUGAGACCUCAGGCUGCUUCCCAGAUCCUCUGGGACAGCCCCUGCCUUCCACCAGCCAGGACCAUGGGCAGCAACAAGAGCAAGCCCAAGGAUGCCAGCCAACGGCGCUGCAGCCUGGAGCCUGCUGAGAACACCCACGGUGGUGGCGGGGGUGCCUUCCCCACCUCACAGACACCCAGCAAGCCAGCCUCCGCUGAUGGCCACCGAGGCCCCAGUACGGCCUUCCCCUCCGCAGCUGCCGAGCCCAAGCUGUUCGGGGGCUUCAACUCGUCAGACACAGUCACCUCCCCGCAGAGGGCGGGGCCGCUGGCUGGUGGAGUGACCACCUUUGUGGCCCUCUAUGACUAUGAGUCUCGGACAGAGACCGACCUGUCCUUCAAGAAAGGGGAGCGGCUCCAGAUUGUCAACAACACGAGGAAGGUGGAUGUCAGAGAGGGUGACUGGUGGCUGGCCCACUCGCUCAGCACGGGACAGACGGGUUACAUCCCCAGCAACUAUGUGGCGCCCUCCGACUCUAUCCAGGCCGAGGAGUGGUACUUUGGCAAGAUCACCAGACGGGAGUCGGAGCGGUUACUGCUCAAUGCGGAGAACCCGAGAGGGACCUUCCUAGUGCGAGAAAGUGAGACCACGAAAGGUGCCUACUGCCUCUCCGUGUCUGAUUUCGACAACGCCAAGGGCCUCAACGUGAAGCACUACAAGAUCCGCAAGCUGGACAGCGGCGGCUUCUAUAUCACCUCCCGCACCCAGUUCAACAGUCUGCAGCAGCUGGUGGCUUACUACUCCAAGCAUGCUGACGGCCUCUGCCACCGCCUCACCACUGUGUGCCCCACGUCCAAGCCCCAGACUCAGGGCCUGGCCAAGGAUGCCUGGGAGAUCCCUCGGGAGUCCCUGCGGCUGGAGGUCAAGCUGGGCCAAGGCUGUUUCGGAGAGGUGUGGAUGGGGACCUGGAAUGGAACCACCAGGGUGGCCAUCAAAACCCUGAAGCCAGGCACGAUGUCUCCGGAGGCCUUCCUGCAGGAGGCCCAGGUCAUGAAGAAACUGAGGCACGAGAAGCUGGUGCAGCUAUAUGCGGUGGUGUCUGAGGAGCCUAUCUACAUCGUCACGGAGUACAUGAGCAAGGGGAGUCUGCUGGACUUUCUCAAGGGGGAGACCGGCAAGUACCUGCGGCUGCCUCAGCUGGUGGACAUGGCUGCUCAGAUCGCCUCAGGCAUGGCCUACGUGGAACGGAUGAACUAUGUCCACCGGGACCUCCGUGCUGCCAACAUCCUGGUUGGAGAAAACCUUGUGUGCAAAGUGGCUGACUUUGGGCUGGCUCGGCUCAUCGAAGACAACGAGUACACGGCGCGGCAAGGUGCCAAAUUCCCCAUCAAGUGGACAGCUCCAGAAGCGGCCCUCUACGGCCGGUUCACCAUCAAGUCAGAUGUAUGGUCCUUUGGGAUCCUGCUGACAGAGCUCACGACAAAGGGACGGGUGCCCUACCCUGGGAUGGUCAACCGUGAGGUGCUGGACCAGGUGGAGCGGGGCUACCGGAUGCCCUGCCCGCCCGAGUGUCCCGAGUCCCUGCAUGACCUCAUGUGCCAGUGCUGGCGGAAGGAGCCGGAGGAACGGCCCACCUUCGAGUACCUGCAGGCCUUCCUGGAAGACUACUUCACGUCCACCGAGCCCCAGUACCAGCCUGGAGAGAACCUAUAGGGGGCAGGCUAUAGGGCCAGACUGGCUUCUCGGCUUGGAUCCUGGGCUGGGUGGCCCCUGAUGGAGGGUCUUUCCUCCCUCCACCUGCCCGCAUUGAUCCCCUCUGGGGGCUGAAUUGCCAGUGAUGAGGCCCCUCUCUCUUUUGUGUCAUGGAAGGGCUCGGGGCCUGGGGCAGCCCCGAGGACAGGGUCCAAGGCUGUCACAGUGACUGCGUCCUGGCUCCUGCUCCAGCCACAUGCGUCCUCCCAACCUUUCCUCCUGGAGCUCUAUGCGGCUCAGCAGGAGGAAGCGGGAAGAAGGACGGGCUGAGGACACCCUCUCCCAGCCUCAACCUGCUCCUCGCGUUGGCUCCUUCCCGCUUCCAUGUCACCCCAGGUCUGCCUCCGGAGCUGGCCGAAGAGCCUUUCCAAAGAGGAGUGAUGGGGCCCCUGGCCCUCGGCCUGCCUGCCACCCUGCCCCUUGCCGUCCAUUUCUGACACACCUGUUGGUGGAAGCUGCUGAGUCCAGACCCCUCUGCCAUGGCUCCCAGGCUGGGCAGCUGAGGCAUAGCUGGACUUCAUGGUGGUGGGUAGGGUGGGCAUCCCCCUCAAAUCCUGUUCUUAGACCCAGGGGACCCUUAGAGAUCACCAGUUCCUUGUCCUCAUAGUACCCGUGGGGAAACAGUCCAGAGAGGGGAUGUGACCUGGCCAAGACCACAGAGCAGUUCAGGGUUGAGGUGGGUUUGGAACCCGGUGCUCCCUCUGUCUUCCUCAGGAACCACCAAGACUGUCCUUGGAGGCAUCAUGGACAGACUGGGGCAGCCCAGGGGACCAGGGGCCCGAGGCUGAGUUAGAGAUAACAGAGAGUCCUGCUGCCGCUGCCUGCCUGGCGGGGCUGUUGUGCAGGGAGAGAGGGGAGGCGGUCGAAGGGCGGAGCUAGGAGGGGUGACGAUGCAGGUGUCGGGAAGUAGAUGUCAGUCAGAAUUUGAGUGGUUUUUCAUCCUCGGAGCUAGCCAGCCAUGAAAGCGAGUGAGCUCCCGGGCUCUGGAGGCAAUCAAACAGAAUAGAAGGUCCAAGUGGUUGGGAGGCCCUGGCCUCAGGAGGGAACCCCUGGUCUUCCUUCCCCCAGUGUGUCCUGUGUCAUUUCAAUGGCUGGUGCCUGCUCUCCUCCCCAAAUUGGCACCUCUGAACUCACGAGUAGGGAAAGGAGUACCUAAUGCUGGGGUGGGAGAGGAUGAGUGUCCGCUGCCAGGCGCCAGGCCUGGCUGUAUGACCUCGGGUGGCCCCUGUGUCCUCUCUGAGCUGCAGUGUCUGCCUUCCUGAGUGUCUGUGGCCUCUGCAACCGCUCUGCUCCAGACCCUGUGGCCUGGCAUCACUUGGUGAGCCCAGCCCGGGGUGUCCGGAGACGCUCUGGCCCUAGCUCUGGUGUUUAGCCUUAGGGUAUGUGGUGGCUCCUCCCUGGGCCUCAGUGUGCCCAUCUUAAAAGGGGUGGCUGACAGUUUGUGGGCAUCUUGCCAAGGGCCCCUAUAUGUGUGUGUAUGUGUGUUGUGUGUGUGCACGUGUGUGUUCCUCCAUGUGUGUCCAUAUUUAACAUGUAAAAAUGCUCUCCUGCUCUGUUCCCCAGACACGUACAUUUCACCCGUAGCCCCCUAUCAUAGCAAUAACAUUCCCUCUGCCAGGGGUUCUCGAGCCAGCCAGGCCCUGCCAGUGGGAAAGGAGGCCACGCGGUGCCUGCCUAUGAAAUUUCAACUUUUCCUUUCAUACAUGUUUAUGACGCAAGUCUGCUGUCUGUUCCAGUCAAAUCUGGGCUCGCUUACCCCGGUGCGCUCUCAAGCCCCCUUGCAGCUGCCCGGGGCCCUUUGUAUAAGGUGUCCUAAUACUGUUCUUUUUUUUUUUUUUUUUUUUAAUAAACAGUGUUUUGUAGAUUUCAGAUGACUAUGCAGAGGCCUAGGGGACCCCCAGCUCUGGGCGGGGCCUGGGGGUCCCGCAUUUCACGGCCCAGGCUUGGGGGGGAGGGGGGAUCCAGAAUUGGUUGUAAAUACUUUGCAUAUUGUCUGAUUAAACACAGACCUCAA